AUGUCACGAUAUCCGCAUAGUAUGUCGGAUCCCUUCAAUUACCCCAGCAAUGCUACCUAUGCCGAUCGAAACAUAUAUCCACAAGUGUUUCAACAUUCAUCGACGCUCGAUCCAAGCUGUUCACCAGGUCAGGUUUCAAGUCAAUUAGCAUCCCCUAUAUUACCUCAUACAGCUUUAGCUAAUAGUUUAAAUCCAAUUCAACAAGGAAGAAUUGCUAACUGUGCACCCCGUGCUUUACCGUACGAUUAUUCAUCUGGCACUGGAAAUAAUCAAAUGCCUGGAUUAAAUCGAUCUGGAGGACGUACGGGUCGUAGAGCUCGAGAUCAUGAAAGCGUAGAUGAGGAUCCAGAAGAGGUUGAGAAGAAAAUGAAGCGACGCCAACGGAAUAAGGAAGCUGCAGCCCGAUGCCGACAACGACGAUUAGACUUAAUGGGAAACCUUAAUGAACAAGUACAGAAGCUGCAGAAUGAAAACAAUAACAAGGAGCGAGAAGCUCGGCAGUACCAAAGCCAGCUAACUGCGUUAACUGAUUAUCUCGAAAGUAUUGAUCUUCCAACGGAUGUCUUAGACAAAGUUCGGAAUAUCACGAACAGUCGUUCUUUCAAUCCGAAUCAUUGUCAAAUAAGAAAUGAGAAUAGAAACAUGUCCUUACCUAAUGAUUAUCAGCCUCGAUGUGGCAAUGAGCACCAACUUGGUCAGCGACGCCCCAUUAGUCAUGGGCCCAGAGAGUCUGAUAUCGCUCUUUUGGAGCCACAAACCAAAACUCCAAAGUUAGAUUCUGACCCAACACUUGGAAUCGCCGUUCUUAGUCAACCAGACGAUUCUCUAAGAGUUGUCCGGCCGAACCAGCUUGGCUUAGAUACUACUCCAACAACAGUAGGCCUCGGCAUCAGCACUCCAAGUAAUUUCCCUCAGUCAACAACUUUCUCGCAUCAGCAGUUAAACUUCGGAGGAGAUACAGGCUUUCCGUUCCUCAAUCAGCCAACUGGUCUCACCCCCUCAAAUGUCCAGAACAUAGGAUUUGUAACACAAACUCCAACGCCUCUCCCGACGAGCUCUGCCGAGUUACAAAUGACGAAUUUGUGA